AAACUUGUGAUCCAUUAACAGCAACUCAUCCCUCAUUUUAUAUAUAUACAAACAUUUUGGGUAUUUGGGUGUCAUAAAACAUGGAUGAUUUCAAAGCAGAGAAAAUAGAGAGCCAAAGUGAGGUCCCGAUGGCUGAGGCGGCCAGGAAAGGCACCACCUUCCUCAAAACUUGUUUCAAUGGACUCAAUGCCUUGUCAGGUGUUGGAAUACUCUCAAUCCCAUAUGCACUAUCCCAAGGAGGAUGGUUGAGCCUAAUCGUUUUGUUUCUAGUAGCCAUCCUCUGUUGGUACACAGGACUUCUUCUCCGACGUUGUAUGGAUUCAAGCAUGCGCAUCAAAACUUAUCCUGACAUAAGUGAGCUUGCUUUUGGGUACAGAGGAAGAGCAAUAGUAUCGAUCUUCUUGUAUCUCGAGCUUUAUUUGGUUGCAGUUGAGUUUCUAAUACUUGAAGGUGAUAAUCUUCAUAAAUUGUUUCCCAACAUGGAGUUCAAAAUUGCUGGGUUGAAAAUUGGAGGAAAGCAAGGCUUUGUUCUGUUGACUUCCCUGGUAGUUCUGCCAUCAACAUGGCUGAAGAGUUUGGGAAUUAUGGCUUAUUUUUCAGCAGGUGGGGUUCUAGCUUCGAUUGUUCUUGUUGUUUGUGUGUUGUGGGUUGGAGCAGUUGAUGGAGUAGUUUUCCCCACCCUCUGCAACUCCAUGAAGGAUAGAAGCAAGUUCUCCAAGGUUUUGCAUGUUUGCUUCAUCACAAGCACAAUAAUCUACGCAUCAAUGGCUGUUAUUGGCUACCGAAUGUAUGGAGAACAUUUAAACGCUCAAGUCACCCUAAAUCUUCCAGUUAGAAAAACUUCUACAAAAAUAGCAAUUUGUACCACACUAAUCAAUCCCCUUACAAAGUAUGCUAUCAUAUUGACUCCAUUAGCUACUGCCAUUGAAGAAACAACAUAUCUUCGCAACAGCAGGACUCUUAGCAUCCUCAUAAGGACAGCACUUGUCGGAAGUACAGUAGUUGUAGCCUUAACCAUUCCAUUUUUCGGCUACAUAAUGGCCUUUAUUGGAGCAUCUGUCGAUGUCACUGGAUCUAUGUUGAUGCCAUGCCUUUGCUACCUAAAGAUUAACAAAGAUAGUAGAAGUUUUGGGUUGGAGUAGAUAAUAAUUGUUGUUAUCUUGGUGGGUGGCUCGUUUAUAGGCAUGGUGGGUACCUAUACAUCUUUCAAACAAAUUGUAAACCAUCUCUGAAAAGUCAAGAUGGUGCAAUGACCUUGGUAAAAUCAACACAUGCUAUCAAG